AUGUCGACCAUCGCCGCCGGCCGAUUCGCCAAAGAGGACGUCGACGCUGAGACGAAAUGGUGGAAGGAGUACCCAUCCAAGUAUUAUGUUGAACGCGCGCGUCCGCAGAACUUCUACGACGACUACAUCACCAACACAUUCAGCAAGUCGAAGAGACUCGCUCGAAGCGCGUCGUUCACCAACAUGACCUACAUUAAGGACAAGGAUAUGAUGGAUUAUCCGAUCCACAAGUCCGAUUCGGUCUCCACGUUGGCUCCGUCUCUCGCCCUUCCCCAAUAUUGCCGGGAAGCGCAGAGAAUUGUGCACACCGUGCCCGUCUACAAACCGCACGUCCACAAUUGGUAUAACAACAGCUACAGUAACGCGAGAUUCCAGGACACGCUUCGCGAGAUUGAGAAGCCUUAUAAGCCAUUGGACCCUUACAUCCCGGUCUAUUCCACCCACGUACCAUUUUAUACCUUCCAGACCCGCCGCAUUUUCUUCGAUGAGAAUGAUCGCCAAAAUCAGCCAUAUUUGAAGGAAUCGCAAAAAUAUUUGGAUCGCUACGUGAGCUCGCGCCUCAAAGCCGACGACUACGCGAAUCGAUUCGCGUACACCGCGUAUGAAUGGCGAAAACCGCAAGAUCACUCGUUCAAUCGCCAUUUUAUGACCGAUCAGCGAGUGUUCGUCUCAACGCCAACGGCAAUUCCGUUCGAGACCUACGACAAACUGGCAAUGCGGCGUCUCUACAAGCGUACCGGACGAUUCUUCUUCUAA